AUGGGGCAAACGAAACAAGAGGAAGGCUACGGAUAUGACUUAUUCCCCGAAAGAAACACGGGAAAAUACAAGAAGGGAUCAGUCGGAGAGAGUCUGUUCACUUUCAACCACAAGUGUCAGGUUAUGUUACAGUUAGCCGUGGAAACCAGUCCAUAUGCCAAACUACUCCUGAGUGCCAUGAAAAAUUCUGGAUGUCAAGUAUUUAAAGACCGCCAUUUUGCCUGCGAAGAUUGCGACGGAACCGUCAGCGGCGGCUUUGACGCAGCGACGUCCCAAAUUGUCCUAUGUCAGAACAACAUCCACCAGCAGUCCCACAUGAACCGAGUGGUCACGCACGAGCUCAUACACGCUUUUGACCACUGUCGAGCCCACGUGGACUGGUUUAACAACUUUCGGCAUUUAGCGUGUUCAGAGAUUCGUGCCGCCAACCUCAGCGGCGAUUGCUCCUUCUCUAACGAACUGGCGAGAUUCCACUUCGGCGUGAAGCGACACCAACAGGAAUGCGUCCGAGGUCGCGCCCUCCGCUCAAUCCUAGCGGUGAGAAAAAUCAGCCGCGAGGAGGCGGACAAAAUCGUCGACGAGGUGUUCGACUCGUGUUUCAACGACCACGCGCCGUUCGGACGAAUCCCGCACGGGAAGAAGGACGCCAAGUUCGCCUACAAGGAUUAUGAGAACCGAAAUCGGUAUUAA